UCAGUAAGAUUUAAACUGUGCUGUGAAAAAGAAUACACGCUAAAGGAGGUCUGUGCGCUCUAAACCACGAUAAUUUGGGAAUUAACUAAGUUUAAGAAAUAACAAUCUUUUAAUCCACGACACAACGGAAAUACUAGAAAUUUCUGUAAAUUUGAAAAUCGUUUAACUAUGAAGAGCACCAUUUUACCGUUGGGGCUAUUGUUGACACUUUUCACUGUCAGCAAUGUAACAGCUCAAUAUUUCAGUAGCUAUGAACCAGAGGCGGAAUUUGUGCCCCUUGAAGCCCACAACAAUCCCCAUAAUGGCCGCAAUGCUGAGGAGAAACCAUUUGAAGUCGAUGUUAUUACCAGUGACGUCAAUGGUGGCGGCAAUAAUCAAGCCCAACCUGGUUUGUUCCUCCAUCAAUCAUUCCCUUUCUUCGGUAAUAAUUUCCUAAACAGUUUUGGCGGUUUUGGUAUUGGUACCCAGGAGGAACCCUGGUGGAAGGGUCCCAAUGUGUGUACAGAAAAGGAGGAAGAUGAAAAGGAUAUGGAAGCUUCUGAGGAAACCGAUGAAACUCAAACCGCCGAAGGCAGCGAAACUAUUAAGCAACCCACAUAUGGGCAAUUCCAAUUUAGCUUGAACUCAUGCGUUGAAAAGCCCAACAAAUAUGUGUGCACCCGCGUUGUGAAUAAAAAUGGCAAAAAGAAAACUUUGACUAUUUCACGCCAGUGCUGUCAUGGCUAUGGACGUCCACGUAAUGCCGCUUAUGCAACACCUUGUGAGAAAAUCGAUAUCAAAGAUAUUGAGGCAACUGCUGCCGACAUGGGUGCCAAAGAGUUUGUGGCAAAGGCCAAAAGUAGCGGCUUAGCCGAUACGAUUAAGUCGAGCAAAAACGUUACCAUCUUCUUGCCCAUGGAUGAGGCAUUCAAUGCAUACAGCGAUACGGCGCAAAGUGAAAAUAAUUUGGUUGAAAUGAAAACGGACGAUGGCAUGAAACAAUUGUUUUUGCGUCAUGUGGUCGAUGGCGAAAUCAAUCUGGAGGAUGUCGGCAAUGAGCAGGUUUUCAAAACUCAUGCCGAAGGACAGACCAUACGCAUCAACAGCUACCAGAUGCCUUUGACUUUGAGUCGGGAACCCUAUCGCUAUACCGCCAAUUGCGUGCCCAUUGUUAAGCGUGACAAACUUUCGGAACAGGGGAUGGUGCACACCUUGUCUGGGGUAAUACCUGCAGCCAGUAAGAACAUUAUGGAUCUCAUACGCGAACGUAGUGACAUGUCCAUCAUGCGCACUGUCCUGGAGAAUACCAAAUUGAGCGAACUUCUGGAGGGAGAUAAACCAGUGUCAAUUUUUGUGCCCAAUGACAGUGCCUUUGACAAGUUGGAACCACAUUUGCGUCGUGCCUUGAAGGAGGGCAAGGGAUGUGCCUCGAAUAUUCUUAAGAACCACAUGUUGGAUUUGACCUUCUGCACAGUUGCUUCUGUGGCUGGUGCUAAGACUAUCGCUUACAAUCUGCUGGGUGAACCCAUGCGUUUCAAUCGUACCAAGUCAGAGUCUGCUGCUGCUACUGCUACUGAGGGCAAAACUGAAGUCGAAGUUGAACAACCUGUAAUUAUCAAUGGCAUUGCCAAGAUCAUGGAAGCCGAUAUCAUGGGCAGCAAUGGUGUUAUGCAUGUCAUUGACACCAUUAUGCCCACCGAGUCGGCAUUGCCCUUGUCUUCGUUGAUGCAGGAGAAAAACGUUACGCUCUUCAAGCGUCUGUUGGAAGCUUCCGGUAUGGAUAAUACCUUCGAUGAUUUGGAUAACGUCACUGUCUUUGCCCCCACCGACAAAGCUUUGCAAACUACCAAGUGGCCUCAACUUCUGGAGGAGAGUCCCGAGCAAUUAAGAGACAAUCCAGAAUUGGCAGAGUUCCUCAACUAUCAUGUGAUUAAGCCCAUGAUUAAGACCUGUGACUUGGAGGUGAAGCAAUUGCCCACUAUAAAUGGUGAUAAAGUUCGCAUUAAUUUGUACUCCACUCACGCCCUAUUCUCAAAUGUCAUGAAUCGUGCCACCGUCAAUUGUGCCCGUCUCAUUCAUUUUGAUGAUGAAAGUUGCGGCUCGGUAAUGCAUCAAGUGGACAAACCAUUGACUCCUGCCAAAUCGAAUCUAUUGCAAGUAUUGGAGUCCAAUCCCAACUACAGUAAAUUCUUGGAUUUGGUGCGCAUGGCCAACCUCACUGAUCUCUUGGCCAAUGCCGAAGAGGACUAUACACUGCUGGUUCCCAAAAAUGAUGUGUUCGAAGAAUUGGAAGAUUCUUUGCCUAAAGAGCAAUCGGAAUUGGAGAGUCUAAUCAAGACCCACAUUGUCAAUGAUGUGGUAUGUUGUGCUGGCAUAAUACCCACCAAUUGGCCAUUUGUACGUUCCAUUGAAUCUCUCAAUGGCCACCAUUUGCGCAUCACCCGUGAUCGUCGUCCAAAGAUUCAAAAUGCUGGCAUUACCAAAUGUGAUGGUAUUGCCACAAAUGGCAUUAUCCAUGAAAUCAAUGAUGUCAUUGUUCCCAACAGUCGAAAACAGCAAUUGCAACCACAACAACAACAACAACACCACCAAAUACCAGAAUUCUCCUCUACCCACCAUCAACAUGGCCAAAGACCACAACAUCAUCACUAUCCAAAUGCCGAUGAUAUUUUCGGUGAUCUAUUUUUCUAAGAAGCUCGCGAACGAAUGAUUUUCAAUUUUUUAUAUAUGUAAAAACAUAUUAAAUAAUAUAUUUAAUAUUUAUUAAGACCCCUAUCCCUUUCGUAGUCCCCCACCCCACCCGCCACAAAGAUGUUUUGAUCUGAUAUUCGAAUAUUUUCCAUAUACAAUACAUCAUUUAUAUUUGUACUUGUGAAAAAUAUACAAUAAUAAAAAAUUUUCUAAAAAAAAAAACAUAA